AUGGACGCUCUAAAUGCUGCGGCACCGAUUCUGCAGCUUCCAGCUGAAAUCCUGCAUCACAUACUGCAGUGGAUAGCCCCAGCCGACCUUGUCAUACUGCCCCGCGUCUCUAAGGGGUUUUAUACAGUAGUGAAGACGAACCAUAAAUUAUAUCGAGAUGUCUAUAUGAAUACGCUGGAUGAACCAAGCAACCCGAGCCUUGACUACGAGCAAGAGAUUCACGACUUUGUGAAGCUUGAAAGUAUAUGCAACAACCCUGAGAAAGCUGAACUCGAAUUUGUACACGACAUAGUCACUCGUCUGCUCAAAAAUGCUUCACCAUCUCACGACGAGGCUAUCAACAUCUCCAAGACCCUUGCGCCAUCGCGCAAUGUCGCUCACCUUCAAAGUCUUUUCUCUCGAGACGACACUGCCGAGGCCUUCCUCCAGGGUUCAUCGCUUUUCAACCGCCUGCGCCGUCAGCCCACGCAAGACAGCAUCUCUGCGCCCACCUCAUCCGAUGACGGCUACAGGACUCUUCAGCAAAAGAGUGCCCAUCUUCACUGCCUUUAUUCAAGACCGAUCCUCAACGUUGGUCGCCUACGAUCCAUGAAAACGUAUCCUUAUGCUUGCUCCAAGGUCUACGACUUGCGCCAGUUUACUCAGAACACAGGAUGGGGGCCAUUCAAAGACGAUGGCACUUUCAAUGUCGACUGGGAAAAAGUGGAGGCUAUUCUCAUUGUUCUAGGCCACAACAUUGGUGCAAGACGCCAUAUUGCACAAAUAUUCGCUAACGUUUGGGACAGCCCGUUCUCGGGUUCAUUUCAAAACAGUUUUAUGGCUCCUCCGCCUCGGGACAUCACUUCACUCGAGGCCCGCGACCCUUACGGAGUCACAGGCACAUGGUACCGCGUUCGUUGGCCCCAGGAUACGUUUCAGAUUGUGUGCUUUCUUGAUUAUAGCGAUUUCUUCGCUUUCAACUUUGGUGAUCCUGAACUACUCAUCACCUCCGAUGCGCCGCGUCCACCACUUGAUGUGGGUGAAGCAACUCGCAUUAUUAUGAUGAAAGUCAAUGUUACAUCUGUAGAAGAACCAGGCCCCGAAGACGGUCAAGAGCUACCAGUAGUUCACUUUCGGGGUGUUAGUCGCUCUUUAGACGAUGAGUUUGACAAUAAUGCCAACUCAAAUAUCCGAGCUAAAAUGGAAACAUUCAACGUCAAAGGCACUGCUCGCCUGACAAAAGAAGGCGAGGUGAGAUGGACAACAUUCUCAAUCUUCCAUGGUGUCGAGCGCUGGCGCAGUGAGGGUGUUCAGAUCGGAGGCGUACGCUCCGCUCGAGGCGUCGUAGGAAAUUGGUUCGAUAGUGACUACGAUGUUCACGGACCUGCAGGUCCCACAGCCUUCUGGAAGGGCGCGACCCUCGCGCAAGUCGCAAACAUGGAGGACGACCUUCUCCCAAACGACUUCUUCUUGCCAUACGGCACUCUGAUUGACAUAGACUCCGAGACUGAUCCGGAGGGAGAAAUGCCGUACACCGGCGAAGAUGACGAGGACGAGGACGACGAAGACGAAGAGAUGGAGGCUGCAGCAGGAGAGGAACUGACGGCUCUCCUCCACGAGGCGAAUUUACCUUUAGAGGAGAGCCUCACAAAUGGCCAUGCUCUGAACUGA